AUGUCUGGAAAGCCAUUGCAAGCACUUAAUAAUGUGCAAAUCAAUGCCAAGAACAACGGAAUAAUCCGCACUCCUGGAAAAGCAUCGAUCUCGAAGCCUGAGAAUGCUCAUCACCAUCAUCAUAGAAGACAGAAGUUGAGUGCUCUCUGUAAGACUCCACCAAGUGUUGUCAGAACAAGAAAUGGACGUGGAUACCACCGUGGUCUGUUUCUGGGAGAAGGGGGCUUUGCAAGAUGUUUUCAGAUGAAAGAUGAAACUGGAAAGAUCUUUGCGGCAAAGACAGUUGCCAAAGCCUCGAUCAAGAAUGAAAAGACCAAGACUAAACUUCUUUCCGAGAUCAAGAUCCACAAAAGCAUGUCUCAUCCAAACAUUGUGAAAUUUGUCGACUGCUUCGAAGAUGACGUUAAUGUGUACAUUCUUCUCGAGAUAUGUCCCAACCACUCACUAAUGGACUUGCUAAAGCACAGAAAGCUUGUGAGUGAGCCAGAGGUGCGGUUUUUCAUGACUCAGAUCAUUGGAGCUGUGAAAUACUUGCAUCGCAGAAUGGUGGUGCACCGGGACUUGAAGUUGGGCAACAUCUUCUUCGAUCCCGAUAUGAAUUGCAAGAUUGGAGACUUUGGAUUGGCCACGGUAAUUAAUUCUCCAAGUAAGCGCCGGUAUACCAUCUGCGGAACUCCAAACUACAUUGCACCAGAAGUUUUGGGCGGUAAGAAGACGGGUCACAGCUUUGAGGUUGAUAUUUGGGCCAUUGGCAUCAUGAUGUUUGCACUAUUGUUUGGAAAGCCACCAUUCCAGGCAAAAGAUGUCCAGGUUAUCUACGAGAGAAUCAAGAGAAAUGAAUACUCAUUCCCGGAAAAUUCGCCGGUGUCCCGAGAGGCCAGAGUAUUAAUUCAAGACAUACUUCAAACGGAUCCAACACGCAGACCAACACUGGACGAAAUCCUGCAAUAUGAUUGGUUCACGUGCGGACCUUUCCCCUCGGCAGUGACUACGGAGUCGCUUAAAAGAGCGCCAAAGGGCUUCUCUUUUCUCACGAAGGAAGAAUCGAGGAUCAACUUCGAGAAAGUGAAAGGCCAGGCCGGAAUUGGAAGGUCUUCUGCAAGAAGAACAGGACCAACAACACCAGUAGAAAUUCUAAAGAGUGACCUACAGAGCGAGAGACCCAGAACACUGCUCCCACAUUCACUAUCGCCGGACAACAAUAAGGACAAGUACAGAGAAGUGACGUCUGUGAACAUCAAGCCAUACAAAAGAGGACUCACCAUGGAACUUAACCGGGCGAAUUUCGAAAGCCGGAUGGCAACAGUUCUGAAUGAGGCACUUUCAAAAUCUUUGAUGAACAUGAAACAAAUCGAGGAAGGUGCAUCCAGACCUGAUCCAUCGUACCAGGAUGAGUCUCCAGUCUUGGUCUCCAAGUGGGUCGACUAUUCCAAUAAGCACGGGUUUGCUUAUCAGCUCUCUACAGGUUCCAUCGGUGUGCUUUUCAAUGCUGGCCACACAGUGCUGAAAAAUCCAGAUUACAGUCAGAUUUGUGUUGUCGAGCCUGAAACGGUCAACGGUUGGAAAAUCAGCCUGAUUGAGUCGGCAGAAGUCCCAUCUGUGUUGCUAAAAGACGUCGAGAUUGUGGACUUCUUCCAGAAAUACAUGAAUGCACAUCUUUCAGAUGUCGCAAGAGAAAAUAUGGAUGCAUCACCAGACUCGCUUUAUCUAAGAAGAUACACCAGAGACGACAACUACAUCAUGUUUGAAAUGAGCAACGGCAGCUAUCAGUUCAACUUUAAGGACCAUCAUAAGUUUGUGCUUUCGCAGUACGGCCAAUAUAUGACACACAUCACUCCUUCUAAGGAAAUUGAAACGCUUCCCCUGGAUCACGUGAUCAAGAAUGGUAAUUUCUAUGAUCACCCUGAUGAGUACUUUAAUGUUAAGUAUGACUUCAUGAAGCACGCUCUCAAGGAAAAAAUAACUAUGUGA